AUGCAGAAAGAUACAUAUAAGCCUUCUAUAUUAGCAGAUCAACCUAUUGGAACUGCACAGUUUGCUGCACGUUCAGUUCAGAUGUCAUAUCUUUGUGCAGAUUGUGGAGCAAUCAAUCAAAUCCAAGCAAGAGAAGUAAUUCGAUGUCGUGAGUGUGGUCACCGUGUGAUGUAUAAGCAAAGAACAAAAAGAAUGAUCCAGUUUGAAGCUAGGUAG